GAUCAUCUAGCCUUGCUCAUAAUUCCACCAAUUCUCUCAGCCUUUAGAGAAAUCAAUACCAAUCGCAAUUGUACGGACUCUAGAACCGCAAGGAAAGGGAAUUCGUCUGUUGAGCUCUAUUAGGACCCUCAUAAGUCGCUCAUAAAUCCAGGAAAACGAAUAGAUCCUUUGAACUUCAGACAUAUCAGGCUAGCAUGCCCGCAAGGCUUUUAUCAUGGAUGGUAUAGAUGGCACAGAUCAUUUCACAGGAGGCGUCAAAGGUCCUUCUCCUUCAUGCCUCGUCAUUAUCUUAGACACAAAUCCUCACGCGUGGGAAAUCCUCUCAUCUACUCUUCCUCUCUCGAAAGCGAUUGCCAAUCUCCUCGUCUUCGUAAAUGCCCAUCUCGCUGUCAACAAUUCCAAUCAAGUAGCCAUAAUAGCUAGCCACUGUCAUCGUGCAGUAUGGCUUUACCCAGCGCCGCCUUCUGCGUCUGAAGAUACAGAAAUGGGUGGCUCGACUACUCAUGGCCCGCCGGAUGAUGCAAACAAAUAUAGACAAUUUGCACUCAUCGAAAAUACCCUCCUUAACUCUGUACGAAGCCUAAUAGAAAGUACAACCGAGCAAGAAGUGUCUACUACAACCACCACCCAAAUGGCCGGCGCCCUCACCCUAGCCCUCUCAUACAUAAACAAACAACUCACAGCCUACAGCGAUGUCUCAGCUGCUGACUCUAAACCCACUCCCUCCGAUAUCACCCCCUCCGAUUCUACCACCGGGUUGCAGUCGCGAAUUCUCGUUCUAUCAGUGUCCGGCGAUCUCGCACACCAAUACAUUCCAAUAAUGAAUACCACAUUCGCAGCACAGCGCAUGCGGAUUCCAAUCGAUAUAUUGAAACUCGCGGGCGACACCGUAUUUUUACAACAAGCUAGUGAUACUACUAGAGGAAUAUAUAUGCAUUUGAAAAAUCCACAAGGAUUGUUACAAUAUUUAAUGAUGGCAUUCUUGCCCGAUCAAACAAGUCGAAAGGAUUUAAUAGCACCAACGCAGGAAGUGGUAGAUUUUAGAGCUGCGUGCUUUUGUCAUAGAAAAGUAGUGGAUGUGGGUUUUGUGUGCAGUAUAUGUUUAAGCAUAUUCUGCUCGCCCCCCGAAGGUGCCAUCUGCUUAACCUGUUCCACGCACCUCUCCCUCGGGAACUACGGUGCCAAACCUGCCGUUGUCCCGCGCAAAAAGAAGAAGAAGCGCAAGAUAAAUGGUACGGGUGCGGAAACGGGUAGUGCUAGGGGUACUCCUGCGCCUGGAGAGUAAUAAUUACUUGAGCUAUUUAGCGGCUUAAUCAUUAAUUAAAUAGAUUAGCAGAUACGUGAACACGACGAUAGGUGAGACUUUCUGUCUUGGUAACUAGAUCAAUUCAUAAUCGCUGUUUCAGGAAAUCUGAGAGUUUAGCGGGAUGGAGAUGGGGAGAUGGGAGCAUGGGGACCCGGGGAUGGCAAGCCCAGAAGUUUUCGUGAUUUCAGCGUAGGGAAGAUAAAUGAUGAUCAUGCUGGAUUUUUUGCGUCGGCUACCUAAUAAAGAACAUGAAGCGAACUUCAAUUUCAUGGAACAAUAGCGUGGGAAUAUACUGGCAUGACACAUGGUUACCAGAAUACUGUCUAAGGUUGAGGUUGGAUGGAGAGAAUAAAGAACAAAACGAGAAUGAACUUUAUUGCGAUUUACAAAAUAAUGGCAUAUCAAAUGAGCAAAAGCAGGAGCAAGCUCAACUAUAAAACUAUCAAUAUAUCUAUAUAUAUAUAUCUACA